AUGCCCUACAGAAGGCCAGGGAUGAGCUGGCAUAUGCUGCAUGAUUACCAGGAGCUGCGGCAUGUCAAGCUGGCCCUGGAUAUUAAGAUCGCCACAUACAAGACGCUGCUGGAGGGAGAAGAGAACAGAUGGGUGCAUCGCCUGCCGGUCGAAAGAUGUGGAGUUAGUAGCUACAGCAGCAGGAGUGUCUGCCACCUGGGUGGAAGCAUAAGAAUUGCCGAUGCUGGGGGUAGCCCUAGUGUUGCUGGAUGCUAUGGGGGUAAUGGCUAUGGUAGCACAGGUUGGGGCAGCGCAGGUUAUGGCAAUUCUGGAGGUUUUAGCAGCAGGGGUAUCCGAGGGGUCAGCAUUGAUGAGUCCCUCUUGAAGCCGCUCUGCGUGGGAGUUGACCCACAAGAACAUCAGGCACGAGAACACGAGAGGGAGCAGAUGAAGACCCUGAACAACCAAUUUGCCUGCUUCAUUGACAAGGUUCGACACCUGGAGCAGCAGAACAAGGUGCUGGAGACCAAAUGGAACCUCUUGCAGCAGUCUGUUCCUCCAGCUCCCCGGAAAAAUCUCGAGCAGUGCUUUGAGAAUUAUAUCUGCAGCCUGAGGAAGCAGCUUGAGGGUUUGUUAAGUGACAAGGAACAACUGGUCUGUGAAGAGUCUGCAUCAAGGAAGCUUGUGGAUGAAUUCAAAUGCAAGUAAGAGAGUCACAAAAAGAAAAGUAGUACUUGUGGCACCUUAGAGACUAACAAAUUUAUGAGCAUAAGCUUUCGUGAGCUACAGCUCACUUCAUCGGAUGCAUCUACCCGGUUCUGUAACACCACAGUUGUUGUGAAAAUGGACAACAGCAGAGACUUGGACACGGACUGCAUAAUCAAGAACGUUGAAGGCUGUUAUAAAGAGAUUGCUCAGAAGAGCAAAGAAGAAGUUGAUGUUUUGUACCAAACCAGGUUCAAGGAGCUUCAGGACAAAAGGGGCAGAUUCUGUGAGGAUCUAGAGAGAAACAAGCAUGAGAUUGCAGAGCUAACCCGCCUGAUCCAGAAGCUGCAGGGUGAGACUGACCAUAUAAAGAAACAGAUUGCCUGUCUGCAAACAGCCAUUUGUGAUGCUGAGCAGCGCGGUGAUUGUGCUCUUAAAGAUGCUCGAGGUAAACACAUGGAACUGCAGAACGCUCUCCAGAAGGCCAAGGAUGAGCUGGCAUGCAUGCUGCGUGAUUACCAGAAGCUCCUGAAUGUCAAGCUGGCCCUGGAUAUCGAGAUCACUACAUACAAGAAACUGCUGGAAGGAGAAGAAAGCAGCGGAGGUAGAACCAGCUCAGGCUCCAUGUCCUGGCCUGCCGGAAGAAGUGAAAGAGGUGGCUUUGGCAGCACUAGUCUCUUUGAGCUGGGUAGAAGUCAAAGAAUUUCCUAUGGUGGAGGCUAUGGUCUUGGACACUCUGGUGCAUAUGGUGGUGGAGUGUAUGGCAACAGUGGAGGCUUUGGCGGCCAUUUCGGUGUUGGCGGUGGUGCAGGUUAUGAUAGCUGUGUAGGCUAUGGCAGUGGAGGCUACAGCACUGGAGGCUACAGAGGUUCCUGUGGCUUCGGAGGUUACUCCCCCUACCAAUUCAGGAGUGGUGUACAUUAUGGCGUCGGAUAUGCAGGUAGAAGUGACGGUAUCCAUGGGGUGUGCAUCCAUCCGGAACUGUUGAAGCCUCUCACUGUGGGGGUUGACCCAGAAGAACAUAAAAUACGAGCACAUGAGAAGGAGCAGAUAAAAUGUCUCAAUGACCAGUUCGCCUGCUUCAUUGACAAGGUCCGUUGCCUUGAGCAGCAAAACAAGGUGCUGGCAACCAAAUGGGAUCUCUUGCAGCAGCAUGCUGUACCAGCAAGGAGAGACCUUGCACCUAUUUUCGAGAAUUACAUCUGCCAACUGAAGAAGCAGCUGGAAUGUUUGUUACAUGACAGGGUGAGACUGGAAGAUGAAGAAAAGACCAUCCAGGACUUGGUCCAUGAGUACAAAAGCAAAUAUGAAGAGGAAAUCAACAAACGCACGCACGCAGAGAAUGAGUUUGUGGUGCUCAAGAAGGAUGUGGACUGUGUCUUCAUGACCAAGGAGGAGCUGGAGGCCAAGUUGCUGCAGUUGAGGCAGCACUUUGAGUUCCUGAAAUGCAUCUUUGUUGAGCUUUACUUACAGGUUCAGAAUUUGGCCAAAUAA